AUGGACCUGCGCCAGAAAGAAGCGGAAAGGAACAAGACCAUCCUCGAGCAGAAAACGGCCGGCGCCAGGCUCAACGGCCAGCUCGCCCAGGCCAAGGCGGCGCUGGAGCAGCUGCAGGAGGAGGUGCGCAACAUGAGGCGCAACGAGAAAGAGCUGCAGGCGGUGCUGCACGCCCUGAAGAAGGACGUGAAGAAGUGCGGCUGGGAGCCGGCCAAGAUGGACGCCCUGCUUAAACAGACCAGAGAAGAGUACAACGUGGACUACACGAAGGCUAAAAACGAGCGACUGGAGAAGGAGCGCGCCCAGCUGAAGCAGGAGAUCAAGGCUCUCAGAGGCCAAUUAGCCGGUGUGAAUGCGAGCCAGGGGUAG